AUGGCACUGAACAAGAAACGGGUUUCGUUGAUGAAAGAGAAGGGCAAUAUCAAAGCGGAUAUUCAUAGUCGAAAUGAACUCAAGAAGCGGAAAAAGGGUCAUGAUCGGUCGGCCUCAUCAAAUAACUCUCGAAAACAUUCAGGAACUGGCGACACAUCUUCUGAGCAACCGAGUUACGUUGUAGAAAAGAUAGAGGAAGGAAGUCCUCCUCCUAGAAAAAGCCCAUAUUCGCACAAUCGUGGGAAGUCAUACUAA